AUGAAGUUUGCUUCUAGAUAAAUAUUCAGACAUAAUUCAAAGUAUAAAGCAACUACAAUUGUUUUAACUUUAAUCGGUAUAAAUCUGUCUGCUUCUCUUUAAAAUACUUGCGAGAGUGGAUAUUACUUUAAAAUAACAGACGUUGGUACUGGAGCAGGGAACUGCGAAAUUUGUCCUGCUGGUAAUCCUUACUCUUUUCCAAUUACUAUUUAUAGUUCAAUGGGUUAACUAGAUUGCACUACAUGCCCUGAUGGAUUUUAUUGUCCUUCUGUAUCAGAUCCUCCUUAGACCUGCCCUCAAGGUUAAAUGCCUGCUUCAGAUAAGCAAAGCUGCACAGUUUGCCCAGUAGGAUAUACUUGCCCUAAUCCAAAUGCAUUGACUAAAACUCAAGCUUCCCUUCCAUAUUAUGCACCAAACACGGAGAUGACUUAACCAUUACCUUGUCCAGCAGGGGCUACUUGUACUACAACAUCUACUACUAGUUGCUCGUAAACUGGGGGUUAUUACUCAGAAUUCUUAUCUAAUAGUUGUAGUCAGAGUCAGAAGGGGUUCUUCUCUCCAAGCUUAUAUUUCUCUCAAUAAUAAUGCCCAGCUUCAACAUACACUAGCUCUGUUGGAUAAACCUCUUGUUCGCUAUGUGAUGCUGGCUUCUCAUGUUCUGAUAAAACAGGAACUAAAACAAGCUGUGCAACACGAACCUUUUCGGACUAAGGUUCUACUUCCUGCUCAGCUUGCCCAUCAAAUUACAAAUGUGAUGAUACAACUAAGGCCUAAAUUAAGCCAUGUCUUCAAGGAUAUUACCUAAAUUCUCUUACAAAUGCCUGUGUAAAAUGUCCAGCUGGAAAAUACUGUAGUGAAACUGCUGUAAUAGGCAAUUGUCCACUUGGUACCUACUCAACUGACAGAGGUUAUUGUAUGAUCUGUCCAUCUUUUUAAGCAUGUUCAAAUCCUGCGAGUCCAGUAACUUGUACUGAUACUCAGUAUGUAGAUCCAGUGACGUCAACAUGCAAAUCAUGUCCUGAAGGUUAGAUAUGCGUGAUAGGUUUAAUCUAAGUAUAAAGUCCAAGAAUAUGCCCACCUGGCUACUACAAGGCUAGUUCGUCUGACAAAACUUGUACGAUCUGUCCCGAGGGCAAUUAUUGUCCAACCUCUACUGCUGCUGUAAGUUGUGCUACUAACUAUAUCUCAGGACCAGGAUUCUCAAGUUGCAUUAAAUGUCCAGCAGGUUAUAAAUGUCCUUCAACAAAAAAAUCUGACAUUACAAAGUGUUCAGAUGGAUCUUAUUCACUAGAAGGAGAUAAUGCAUGCACUAAAUGUGCAAAAGGCCAAAUUUGCCCCUAAAUAAAUUAAUCUCCUUAAUCUUGUGCUGCAGGUACCUACAUGUCAAGUGUAGAAUCAAAGGAUGCUUCAUGUGAAGUUAGUGACAUAAAUACCUCUUACUUAAGCAAAACAGAAGAUCCAGUUGACUGUAAAGAUGGUGAAUUUUCAGGUUUAGGCUCAUCUUCUUGUUAAAAAUGUCCUGAUGGGAAGCCUUGCUCAACUGAUAAGAAAGGUAUUUAAUAAAACUGUGCACUUGGCUACUACUUUGACAAAAAAACCUUAAAAUGCAUUGAAUGUGAUUCGGGUAACAAUGAAUGUUAUGAUUCUUAGAAAUUCAACUGUCCAAUCGGCACAAUCCAAAAACUUGAGGAUUUCAGCGGCAGAUAUUCCUGUAUUGAGUGUACCGAUCUUUAAAUUUGUGCUAUUGAUUCUGCUGGGGGUAUGCAAAAUAAUUAUUGCUACGGUAAAGAAUCGAGAAAGUAUGUCAUAUCAGAAUUCGAAAAAGCUAAUCGCUUUCCUUAUUAUAAUUACCAAUUUUGUUUUGAUUGCAAAUCAGUGGAUUUAGCUGGUUCUAUUUGUACUUUUGCUUCAAACUAUUUCACUUCUCAUGCUGGUGCUAAUUUGACUUGCCCGACAAUUAGAUCAUAAAGCUACUUGAAUUAAGGACUAGAUAAAAAAUACUACCAAGAUUUUAGAUAUUGGGACCUAGAUACUGUAGACCAUUAUUAGUAUCCUUUCUGUGAUUUCCAGUCAAAACCACUUGCUUCAAACUUUGAUUUAAUAUAUGAUACAUUUUGCUAGAAGUAUUCUGAGUACUUAGAUCCACUAAUAUCUGUGUGCAAACCCUCAUUCCCUGGGUUUAUAAGAAGGCAUUAAGAGCAUUAGACUGAAUUACCUGUUAAAGAUUUUUACUCUAUGCUUGAAUAAUCAGAACUUGGCACAGCUAAUAUUAUCAAAUCUUGCCCAAAUACUGCUGAAUUGAUGACCGAUGGAGGUGGUUCAGAGCAUUAAGCCUGUCUUCUGAAAUCUGCUGGAAAAUGCGAUGAAAAGGAAUCUGAUUUUUGUCAUGAUGGCUACGAUUCAGUUUGCCACGCUGGAUUCACUAGCUUUUCUGAUGUUUCUAUAAAGAAAAAUAAAACAAGAGAAGAAUGUGUUCCUUGUGGGCAUGGAGUUUACUGUGCAGUAGGAUCUAGGAAUAAAACUUGCGAUUAGGGAAGAUUUUGCCUAGAUUAAACAGAAGAUGCAUCUUAAUAUGCUGCAAGACCUGGUAAUAUGAUUGCUAAAAAUGGAACCUUUGCCUUUAAUGCAGAGGUCAAUUGUACAACUGGCUAUUGCCCUCAAAAAAGUUCUGGCUAAACUGAAUGCCCGCCUGGAUAUCACCUUGAUGUAAAUCAGAAUGCUCAUAACUCAUUUAACUGCCAUCCUAAUGGUCCAGGCAUUUAUAAUAGUACUUCUGGGUCAUAGACUACUUGCACUGCCGGUUCAUAUUGUCCAGAAGCUGUGUUUUCUUUAUCAGAUAUGAUCCCAUGUCCUCCAGGUCAUUAUUCUGAUUCAGCAGGACUAAUUGACAAGUCUUAAUGCACUGCUUGUACUAAAGGUAAGUUCUGUGCAGAAGAAUCAACUACUUAAGAACAAAUAAUAUGUCCUGCAGGAUUCAUAUGCCCAAAUAGAACUAGACAUCAAUUUGAAAAUGCAUGUCCUGGUGGAACUUACACAACUUCUUCAACUGGAGCUUAUACUUCAGAACAAUGUCUCACUUGCAGAGCUGGCUUCUAUUGCAAAGAAGGUUCGGGAUCAAUGAUAGAUUGUCCUUAAAAUCAAUAUUGCCCUGAAGGAUCAACCAUUCCAGUUGAUUGCCCAAUUAAUACUUUCAGAGAUACAUUAAAUGGAAAGGCUUCAAGUGAUUGUUCAUCAUGCCCUCCAAACUACAUCUGCCCAGGGGGAGCAGAUCCAAUUCCUUGCCCAGCUGGAUUUUCACUUUUUGAUUAAAGCUCUUCAACAUCUCCAGGAUUCUUAACCUGUGUUGUAAACACAGAGGGCACAUUUACAUCUACUGCUGCUCAGAAUAAAUAAACUUGUCCUGAUGGAUUUUAUUCUAAAGAUAAAGCUACAGGAUGCAUAAAGUGCCCUGCUGGAUUUUUCUGUAGUUCAGGAACAUAGGAUCUUUGUAGCAUCGGAAACUACUGUCCUGAAGGAUCUUCAACUCAAAAUAAAUGCACAGCUGGUACCUAUUGUCCAGUUGAAGGCCUUAAUAGAACAUUGCCUUGCCCACCAGGAUACUACUGCCCAGGUGGUGCCUCUACUCCUACAAAAACCUCAGCUAAUUACUUCAAUGUCUAAGGUGAAAUCUCAGGAACAUUACAUUAGUGUGGUAAUGGAUAUUCUUGUGCAGGUGGAUCAAUUGGUCCUUACGAUGUUCCUUGUGCCCCAAAUACUUUUGCUGGCACUGGACAAGCAUGCUCAGCCUGCGAUCUCGGAAAAUAUUGUCCUAUUGGAUCAGAUCAAUAAUUUGAUUGUCCAAAAGGCUACUAUUGUGAUCACAAAACUCCUUUUCCAGUUAAAUGUCCAAAAGGAACUUAUGGUAAAACUACAAAUCUUGCAUCAAAGGAAGAUUGCACACCAUGUCCAGGUGGAUACUACUGUCCUUAAGAAGGAUAGACUGAUUUCACUCAUAAAUGUGACGCUGGAUAUUAUUGUUCAGGCGGCUCUUACACUUCUCAGCCAGAUCCUAAUGAUCCUGUAGAGAACUUGCUUGGAGGUUUAUGCCCAGCAGGUUCGUACUGUCCCUAAGCAUCCACCGACCCAUAAGAUUGUCCUCCAGGAACUUUCAAUAGUUUCCCAGGUAUGAGAAGUGCUACUGACUGCUAAGCGUGUACUCCUGGAUAUUAUUGCGUUGGUUCAGACUCUUCUGAGCCAACUGGCUUAUGUGAUGCUGGUUAUUAUUGCCCAAGAGGUUAGUCAGUUUAAAACCCAUCAUCAUUCAAAGCUGAAGCUGGAUACUAUUCAUUAUAAGGUUCUGCAGAUUAAAUUGCAUGCUUACCAGGGACUUACUCCGAUGCUCCAGGUCACUCUGAAUGUCUUCCUUGCCCCUCAGGAACAUAUUGCAACAGUUUUAGAACUAAAUAACCUUCAAAUUGCGAUGAGGGCUACUAUUGCCCAUUAGGAUCAAUAAACAUGCUACCUUGCAAAAUUGGAACAUAUAAUCCUACCAGUGCAUCAAGUGGAGAUCAAUCUUGCUUAAGUUGCUCUGCUGGUAAGUAUUGUGAUGAAGAAGGACUCACUUAUGAGAAAGGAGAUUGCGAUGCAGGAUAUUUCUGUAAAGUAGGAUCGCCUAAUAGGAUGCCUGCGAUAAAUGUAACUCUAUCUUCAAACGCUAUCUAUCUUGAUCUAUAUGGUUUAUGUCCAAGAGGAAACUAUUGUCCUGUUAGAACCAAAGACCCUAUUAAAUGUCCGAUUGGAUACUACCUUGAUUUCGAAGGAGCUCAAUCAUUGGCUGAUUGUGUGAUUUGUCCAGCUGGAAAAUACUGCUUAACUGAAGGUCUUGCAGCUCCUACUGGUGAUUGUGAUGCAAACUAUUAUUGUGAAGCUGGAUCAGACAAAAAGACUUAGCUAGAAUGCCCUGCUGGCUCAAAAUGCAUUGUUGGAUCAAUCUUUCCAAUAAAGUGCCCAGCUGGCAAAUUCUAAACUUAAACUCUUCAAAGUGCAUGCAUGGUCUGCACUUCCGGUUACUUCUGUGAGGAAGGAUCCUAAUCUGAAGCUAUUUGUCCAAAGGGAGCCUAUUGUCCAUCUAGUACACCAGCAGGUAAUGAGAAUUAUUGCCCAUCAGGAACUUACAAUAGCCUCGAAGGAUAAACAAGUUCUUCAUCUUGCCUGACUUGCCCAAUUGAUAAAUACUGUAAAAUCCCCGGAGCUUAUGAGGACGAUCACAAUGACACUUUAAUGGGAAAAAUCUAGAAUGGAUACUACAAUGCUGGAGGAAGUUAAUAUUCUAUCCCAAUUACUACUGGAAGAUUAUGUAAAUAAGGUUAGAUUUGCAAUGCUGGAGUUGAGUCAGACUGCCCACCAGGAAAGUAUUGCAAUUAAUAAGGAUUAACAGAAGAAAUUGGAAGUUGUCAUGAAGGAUAUUACUGUCCAGGAGGUGCGAAAUAUGAGCUCACUGUUCAUUAAAGUUCUGAGGCUUCUGAUAAAGUAUAUAAAUGCUCACAAUCCUAAUUUUGUCUAGCAGGUUCUGUUUCACCUUCAGCUUGCCCCAUAGGGACCUAUUCGGAUGGAAAAGGUCUGUUCUCAGAUUCAGAUUGUAAUCCUUGCCCGAUAGGUUAUUAAUGCACAACCACAGGAUUAAGUUUUAGUAAUUUAGUGAAGUGUCCAAAUGGAAAGUACUGCCCUGGGAAAGUGGCUUCUCCAGCUGAUUAUGGCCAAUGCCCAAUUGGAACCUUCUGUACCUAGGAUUUUAUAGAGCCUUAGCCUUGUCCACCUGGUACUUUCAAUUCCUAAGUUGAUUAAAGUCAAUGCUAGUCCUGCACUGGUGGAUAUUGUCCUUAUAAAGAGACUGAAGUCAAAGCCGCUCCUCAAGGAUACUUCGCAAAUACAACUGGAUUAGUGGCACCUGUUCCCUGCCCUGCAGGAUUUUACAUUGAUUCAACAACAUAGAAAUGCACAAUAUGCCCAAUCGGCACAUACUGUGAUGAAUACCUGCUAACUGCUGCGGCCUUAGAUAGAGCAUGCCCAGUUGGUUUUUAUUGCUUAUCAGCAGGAAUUCAAGAUUAUCAGUAAUUUAUCUGUGAAGAAGGAUAUUAUUGUCCUGAUGGAGGUUCAAGAGUUUCUUGCCCUGCUGGAUCAUACUGCGCAGGUGAAGGAAACUCAGCUAUAAGCGGUUAAUGCUUCCCUGGCUAUUACUGUAAUUAAAACUCCAAAGUCCCUGAUGAAAAUUUGUGUGAACCAGGCUUUUACUGCCCAAUUGGUUCCCCUUCACCUAAGGCAUGCCCGAAUAAUACCUACAAUGACAAGACUGGAGCCUCAAAUGAAACAUUUUGUCUUCCCUGCCCAUAAAACAAGGUUUGCACAGGCUCAGCUGUGUACGAACCUUCCUCUAGUUGUCCUGUUGGAUUUUACUGCUUGACUGAAAACAAAGUGCUUAAGGUAAUUGAAUGCGAUCUAGGACAUAUGUGUCCAGCCGAUGAGGAUGUAAAAAUAAGAUGUGAACCAGGUACAUACCAAAAUCUUACUAAGCAAUCUCAAUGCUUAGCCUGUCCAGCAGGUUAUUACUGCUUCAAUAAUACCAAUCCUAUCAUCUAACCUCAAAUCUGUCCAGCUGGUUUCUAUUGCGAGGUAGGAACUCCAUACUUUGAGAUGUUCCCAUGUCCUAAUGGCACUUACAGCAAUUAGCCAGGACUCUAAUCUUCAGCUCUGUGUGCUAAAUGUCUUGAGGGAAAAUAUUGCAACUCAAAAGGAUUGAAUGCUCCAACGGGUUCUUGCAAAGAUGGUUUUGAAUGUAAAGAGAGUUCAAGAUUCUCUGAUGGAUCAAAAUCAUCUAAUGAAUCUCAUUUAUGCCCUGAAAAUAAAUUCUGCAUUGGGGGUGUUACAUCUGAUUGUCCUCUAGGGACAUACAACACUCCAAAGGGAAUGACUAAUCCUUCUUAAUGUAUUCAUUGCCCUCCAGGCUAUUAUUGUACAAAUGUAGCUACCUAAAUUGAAUGUCGGGAAGGAUACUAUUGCAUCGGAGGAAUUCAAAAAGAUGAAGAUUCAAUAAAAUGUCCUAAAGGCUCUUAUUGCCCUAAAGGAUCCUAUGAGCCUCGGAAAUGCCUUCCAGGACAAUAUUAAGACCUAGAAACGCAAGCAACGUGCAAGGCAUGUCCAGUUGGAAAAUUCUGCAAUGACUUUGGAAUGGUUACUCCAACUACUUGCCCAACAAAUAGAGUAUGCGAAGAAGGAUCUAAAACUCCUAGAGCAUGUCCACCAGGAAAAUACGCUUUAAAUAACUUAUGUGUUUCUUGCCCAGCCGGAAAGUAUUGCUGGCCCGAUUCCACUUCAAAUGGAAUUACAGGUAAUUGUCAAUAAGGAUAUGUCUGCUAAUCAGGAUCAUACAGUCCAAUGCCUUACUACGAUGUUGAGAUAAUGAAAGAAUCUACUGCUGCUUUCUUGACAUAUAAUGGACCAGUUAUUAAAGGGUACUACUCUACAAAUGGUCAAUCAUAAACAGCUUGUGAUACAGGAUUUUUCUAGCCAUCAAAAUGGUCAAAGAGCUGUCUAAAAUGUUAUGCAGGUUCCUAUUGCCCUAACAAAGGAAUGAGUACUGUUGAUAAUCAUCAGUGUAAACCAGGAACUCUUUGUAAAGAAGGAAUGAUUUCUCUUGUCAGUGCAAGUUAUUGCUAGAAUCCUUAUCAAACAACAAUUGCAAUUGGAUAACCCCAUUGUAUGGCAUGUAAUGAUGGCUAUUAUACAGAAGUAGCUGAUAUUUGUGAGAUAUGUCCAUCAGGCUUCUUCUGCAAUAAUAAUGUUCCUGCAAGAGAAUCACCACUCAAGUCAUGUAUUGUAGGAUAGAAUUGUCCAGGUGGAACGAAACUAGAACCUAAAUGUGACGAUGGAAAAUUUUUCUCAAAUAAUUUAUGUCUUGAUUGUGAGUCUGGUAAAUAUUGUAGAGGAGGAAACAACACUGGAAUAUGUACAGCUGGAUAUUUCUGUACUGGAGGGGCAUCUUCACCAACUCCAUAUGGAGCUUAGUGUAGCAUUCAAAGAUAUUGUCUUCAUGGUACAAUUAGAGAGGCGAAGUGUCCAUCAGGAUAUUAUAGGCCUACUAGAGGAGGAAUAUAAGCAACCGAUUGUAUUGAGUGCUUAGCAGGUUAUAUUUGCAAUUCUAAUCAAGAACCUUAUGAAUGUCCUAAAGGCUACUAUUGCCCACUUGGAGAAAACAAAUUUUAUCCUUGUCCAAAGGGAACCUACUCUCAAUAAACCUCAAUAAUUGUUGAAAGCGAUUGUCAAAGCUGCCCUGCUGGUUUUUACUGCAAUGCUACAAAUAUAACUGAUUACUCUAAGUUUGCUUGUCCUAAAGGCAAAUAUUGCAAUACUAGAUCUUUGCUACCAAUCAACUGCCCUGCUGGUACUUAUAGAGAUGUAGCUGGAGCAAGAACUUAAGCUGAAUGCUACACCUGUCCAGCUGGCUACUAUUGUCCUGAAGCUUCAAUCACUCCAAUCAGAUGUAAACAAGGAACUUACUGCCCAGAAGGUUCUGCAUACUAUAAAACUUGCCAAGGUGGCUAUUACUGCAACGAAGAUACUAAUAUGCAAUAAGAAAUUUGUCCAACUAAUUAUAAAUGCCCAAGAGGAUCUAGCACUCCAAUUUAAUGUAAAGAUAGACUACUCUGCAAGGAAGGUUCUGAAAUUGGUAUUCUUUGCGGAGCUGGAUUUUAUUUGAGUUUAUCAGAAUAUGGAUUUAUGAACGAAUGUCUAUAGUGUCCUGAAGGUACAUAUUCAACAGUUAAUGACCUAAUUUGUAAAAAUUGUACACCAGGUUAUCUUUGCUAUGGAUAAACUAAUAGAAAAUAUCCAACUGAUUUCACACUUCAUCAUGGUGAAAUUUGUCCUAAAGGAUUCUAUUGUGAAGGAGGUUCCUCAGUUGCUACUCCUUGCCCUAUAGGAACAUAUAACGCUCUUUACGGGGCUUCUUCUAUUACUCAAUGUCUACUUUGUCCUUCAGAUACAUUCAACGAUAUAACAGGAUAGAGUGGCUGCAGACCAUGUGGAACUUAUGCAUCUUCAAUAGAAGGUAGCUCAACUUGUAUUUGCGAUGGAAAUUUCAGAACAUUCUCAAUAGCUGAUCAGUCAUGCAGAUGCAAGAGUGGCUAUGACUAUAUCAACCCAAAUACUGGCAAAGGAGAAGGCUAAUAAAGUGGAGAAUCUGACUGUACUCCCUUAGUAUAUGAUAGAUGCGAUGGUAAUACUGAAACACGUGAUAUUUAUGGAAACUGUGUUGAUCUAACUGAUUGUACUGCUGCAUGUAAUGGUGGAAAAGGUAAUAGAUCUGAGACAUUAGGAGUUUGUACAUGUGAAAAUAAACAAAAUGUUGACUCAGUUUGCAACCAGAACUGCAGAAACAAUGCUGCUCAGUUAUAAGUCUCUGAUUAAGCCACAAAUAUCACAGUUGAAAAAGAUGGUAAAAAAGUUACUGUAGAGCUUAACGAUAUUGGAAAUGUGUAUGGAUCUUUCUCUUGUAAAACUGGAAAUUGCAGCCUAAAGAGUACUGAGACCUCUUCAGAAGGAUUUUAAGGUAACUAUGGAGGAUCAUCAUUGAUUGAAAAAAGAGUGAGAAGACAAUUAAGACAGCUCUAUGGAGAAGAGAGGGAACUAUAGUCUGCUGACACUAAUGCCAUUACGAAUCCUGUCUUCUGCAUUAAUAAGGGUGAUUCUAUGCUUUUUACUAUCUCAAAUCCAACUCAUUACCCAGUUUAUAUGAAAGAUUCAGUAAUGAAUUCCAAUCCUGCUUUUGAUUAUGGAUAAUUCUUAAUUUUGGCGACCGCAAUGAAAUACAAGAUCUCUGUUAAUAGUAAAGAAUCAUCUAUUUUUGCAUUCACUUUCUCUGAAAGCGGGAGUUAUGUCUUUUCAGAUGCUGAUGAUGAAAAUAAGAUUAUGCUUGUCAAAGUUCAAGAUGAUGGUGAAGCUUGCGCAGAUGCUGAUAGAUACAUUCAACCAUUAAGCGCUGAAUCAGUUGCAAGUUUUGGAAUGAAGUAAAAAGAAGAUAUCAUUAUUAAACCUGAUGUGCCCUUAUUAGUUGGUAUAGGAGCAAUUCUCAUUGUUUCAAUUGGAACAGUAAUGAUCGGUGUUGGAUAUUGCUUACACAAGGGAUGGUCAAUUAAAAAGGCCAUAAUUUAAGGAUACAGAAAUAAAUAUCUCAAGGUUGACGUUUCUCAUUCAAAUGAAAAGACAUUCGAGAAAGAGAAUGAUUUUGAAAAAUUCAGAUCUAACCUUGGAAGUGACAGCGAAGAGGAUGAUUUAGAUAAUAUAAAUCUAGAUAUCCAUCAGGAUUUACUUGAAGCAGGUCAAGUUUAUCUAAAGGUAUUCGACGACAAGAAAGUCCAAAGAUUGAAGGAGAAAAAGAGCAAGAAGGCUGAGAUCCUUAAACUUAUGAAAGAACUUGAAGAUAUGAUAUCAAUUAUUGGUUCUGAUGCUAUGACUAAUCAAAUGCAGAUCUACAACCAAGAUCUAGAAAAUGGCCAAGCAUUCAGUGAUCUAGAUGAAGAGGAGGCUGAAGAAAGACGUCGCAGAAUUUAGGAACAGUAAGAACUCAAAGAAAAACAGAGACUCGAGGCUGAAGAACUUAGAAGAUAGUCAUAAAUGAAAGAAUGGUCAGAUAGAGAUAAGUAAAAACUCAAAGAUACUUAGGAUAAGAUCAGUCACAAUCUAGAAAUGCUAAAGAAAGAAUUUAAUUCAGACAUUGCACCCAGGAAGGUAAUUGAUAGAGGUAAUCAUGAGGAAUAAGUUGGUGAUGAUUUAGCAAUGGCAAUUUAUGAUGGAGGAGAUCCUAAUUCAAGGCACAACUAAAUAGUUAAAACAAUCGAGAACAAUUAAAACUUCACAGAAGAGGAAAAAGAAGCACUCCUUAGACAGCAUCAAAAGAAUCAUAUGUAGAUAGAAGAAAUCAUGGAGCUUGAGAAGAAGAGGUAAGAUGAAGAUAUGGAGAGAGCACUAAAGGAAAGAAUUGAGAAGAGAAAGCGCGCUCUUGAAGCUAAACACAAGAAGGAAAUACAGUAAGAGGUCAAGGAGUAGGAGAAAGUUAUUAAAGAUGAAAUCGAAAAGGAGAGAGAUGACAAGAGUGCAGUUAUUGAACAAGAUAUUCAAUAGAGAAUGGAUGAGUUAACAAGUAAUCUUAAAGAUGGUCAAGCCCAAAACUAUAGACAAUGGGUAGAUGAUCUAAAGAAGGAAAGAGACAGCAAGAAAAAGCAGAUGAACUAGGAAAUGGAUAAUGAAUAGGAUACCAGAAUUAAAAGAAUGAGAGAAGAGGUUGUUAAUAAAUACACCCAAGGAGUUGGUACUGACGAGGAACUUGAAGCUCUGCUUAAGGAAUCUAACCCAGGAAUGGAAAAUGCUAUUGACGAACUUAAGAGAUAAAAGCAAGAAGAGGAGCAGAAGCUAAAGGAAGCAUUGAGCAAAAGAAAGAAGGAUUUAAAGUAAAAGUUAAAGUAAGAUAAAGAAAAGUUUGAUCAGGAAAUUAUGACAAAAGAUCCAAUUAAUGAAGAAGAAGUUGAAAAGAAGAAACUAUAAAUGUAGAUUCAAGCUUAACAAGAGUCAAUUAAUGCCAGUCAUUCGAUUAUGACAUCUAGACAAAAUGGAUCAUCCUUAGCAUUAUAAUAACAGCAGCAAGCAGUUCAGAUUGAUCCUGCUCUCAAUUUCUAAAAACUAUUACAAGAUAUUGACACCUAAUGUGAUCCAAGUUCUCUUCUGAAUGAGCUAGGUCAAACUGAUGAAAAUCUUUCAAGUCUUUUAUAAUAGAGCAAGGAUGAACAAGAUGCAAAACUAGAUGCCAGAAGGGAUCUACUCAGACAGAGAAAGAUUCUUAAGAAAUAGUAAGAACAAGAGUAAGAGAGACUCUAAGAAAGACUCAAGCAAAUCUAGAUGGAGGCUGAUGAAAAGGCCAAGAUUGACUAGAAAUAUAUCAAAGAUCUAUUUAUAAAGCAGUAAUAAUUGUCCUUAGAUGCAGAUGAAGGUGGUGAUAAGGUCUAACUUCAAUAGCAACUCAUGAUUUUUAAUGAAUUUGCUUCAGAUGCUUUCUUAUAAAGACUUUCCAACCUGCUAAUGAAGCAGUUCUUGGAAAAAGAAGCUUAAUUAAAACUAUUACUUUAGAGAUUUAUGGACUAAAGAAUCAUCGAGAAAAACAAUCUGAAGAAGUAAUUCAAGAACUAAUAUGAUAAACUGAGUGAUAUUAAGGAUCAGAUAAGCGAAGAUCAAUACAAUGAUACUCUGAAAGCAUUAAGACUUAAAGAAGAAAACUUGCUCAGAGAUAUUGACUUGCAGUUUGAUAAAGCUAUGAAAGAAGAAGAAACUCAUCUCAGAAACGAUCUAGAGAAGAGACAUACUGAUGAAUAAAUUAAUCUUAAGAAGUAAAAUGUCGAAGAAUAGAUCAAACUGAAGAAAGAUUUGCUGCUUGUUGAUGAAAACAACCAAAAAGAUGUAUAAAAGGAAUAUGAUAACUUAAAGACGUUUGAAAAUAACAAGAAACGUGAUUAAGAUAAGAGACUCAGAAGCCUAGGUCUCUAAAAGUAGGAGAUUCUGAGAUAGAUUGAGAAAGAGGUUCAGAACGAGUAUCAAGAUUAUGAAGAUUUACUUAAGAGAAAAAGAGAUGAAGAGGCUUAAUUGCAAGAAGCUACAAUGAACAUUAGAAAGAAAUUGUAAGAUCGUAAAAAGAAACUUAGAGAAUAAGGUAUCAAAGAAAUGAGUCAAGCUGAUCAAAAGAAGAUGAUAGAAAACUAUAAUCUGCAACUUUAAGCUUUGGAAUCUGUAUUUGAAGAAGAAAGAAGAAGAUAAAUGAUGCAAAUGAAGAAAAAGCAAAAGUAAAGAAUAGACAAGCAAGAAAAGCAAAGUGUACUCAAAGCGAAAGUGGCAGAAUAAGAGCUUGAUUCUAUUAAGAAUGAACUUGGUCUUACUUUUGGCACGAGCUUUUUCAAGGCAGGUGAAUAGGAAGAAGGAGGAUAGAAUGCUGUUGAAGAAGAUGACGAGCUACUUCAGAGACUUAAAGAGUGGAGAAGGAACAGAACUGAGCAGAAGAAGCUUGACGAAGAAAAGAAACUUGCUGAGACUGUAAUUGAUCUUGAUCAACUCUCACUCAAGAAACUUAUUAUCAAACUUGAUAGUCUUGAGAAAAAUCUCAGAGAGUUGAGAAAACUCAAAGGAAUUGAUAUCAGAUAGAACUUGCUUGAAUAAAGUAUGCAAAAGAGACAAGGCACUGAUAUUGAUCUUUAUAGCAGUGGAAAUCUUAAUAUUGAUCUAGGAAAGGGUAGAAAUCCCUUCGUGAGAGUAAUUGAUUCAGUCGCAUCAAUAUCUCCAAGAGAUAGAGGUUCUUUGAAUCCAAGUGCUUUGAACACAAAGAAUAAAAAUUCUAACAGAAGUCCAUAGAUAGCAAAAGGACUUAACCUUAACCUUGACGCUGUAAAGAAAAAUCAAGCAGAGGAAAAAAAUCAUCCACAAUUCAAAGUUGAGAUAAGCGAUCCAAAGAACGUUGACAUGUCUAAAUUCAAAAAAUUUGUUAAGAGAUGA